AUGCUGAAGAGCUGCGGAAGGAAACUGCUCUUGUUCCUGGUCGGGUGCAUGUUCACCUGCCUCUUGGUCCUGAUGGCGGAUCAGCAGAAGCGGCAGGUGGAGGACCUGGGAGGAGAAGGGGGCAGGCGAGCUUUGCAGAGCUUGGCGAGCCCGGGCGAGCCGAAGGGCCUGCCCCGCCAGCCGCAGCUGCAGGAGGGCGAGCCCGGCUUGGCCCCCCGAGAAGUGAAGAGCUUCACCGAUUACUUCAGCAAGCUGAGCCGAGGCAGGCGGGAGGCGCAGGACGCCGGCAGCCUGGCCCCGAGCCGGGAGGGGACCCCGAGGCCGGCCCUGGAGGACAUCACCGCCCAGGAUGUCUUCAUCGCGGUGAAGACCACCAAGAAGUUCCACAAGGCCAGGCUGGAGCUGCUGCUGGACACCUGGAUCUCCCGGAACAGAGACUUGACCUUCAUCUUCACCGAUGGGGAGGAUGAGGAACUGAAGAAACGCACAGCCAAUGUCAUCAACACCAACUGUUCCGCCGCCCACAGCCGCCAGGCUUUGUCUUGCAAGAUGGCCGUGGAAUACGACAAGUUCAUCGAGUCCGGGAGAAAGUGGUUUUGCCAUGUGGAUGAUGAUAACUAUGUGAAUGUCCGGACCCUGGUGAAGUUGCUGUCUGGCUACCCCCACACACAGGACAUCUACAUCGGCAAACCUAGUCUGGACCGACCCAUUCAAGCCACAGAGAGGAUCAGUGAGAACAAGAUGCAUCCUGUUCAUUUCUGGUUUGCCACUGGGGGAGCAGGUUUCUGUAUUAGUCGCGGGCUGGCGCUGAAGAUGAGCCCGUGGGCGAGUGGGGGUCAUUUCAUGAGCACAGCAGAGAAGAUCCGCCUGCCAGAUGACUGCACCAUCGGGUACAUCAUAGAGUCCGUGCUAGGAGUGAAGCUUAUCCGGAGUAAUCUCUUCCACUCCCACCUGGAGAACCUCCACCAGGUGCCCAAGACAGAAAUUCACAAACAGGUGACGCUGAGCUAUGGCAUGUUUGAAAACAAGAGGAAUUCCAUCCAUAUGAAGGGAGCUUUCUCCGCUGAUGAGGAUCCAUCCAGGUUCCGCUCCAUUCACUGCUUGCUGUACCCAGACACGCCAUGGUGCCCCCUGAAUGUGGUGUACUAG